AACAAAAUGUAGACCCUGACAAGUAACAACUAUAGCACCGGAUUUUAUUUGAGUCGCAACUUACAGCUGAUCCUUGAGCGCUGUUUUUUUCUUGCUAAACAACCAGACGUGAAAACCCGUUAUUGUGGGCCAAUUAUAAUCAUUAUUAUCAUCAUCAUUUUAUCAAUAAAUCAAUGAUAAGUGACAUUUUUAUUUAGUGCCCAUUGUCCAGUGUUCGUUGUCGCUAGCUAUGGCCACCGAACGUGCCAUCGAUUCUUGGGUCUACCCAAUGGACUCAUCAUGCACACCUUACAACGAAAACGAUUUCAGCAGUCAAGUACGUCAAGUUUGUCAAGAGGAAGUUCAUUAUAUGCUCACAAAUUCGACAAACAACGAAUCGUCUCAAAACAAUCAACAACAAUCACCGACCAACAAACUACCACCGUUAGAGCCACUUAGAAAUCGACUUCGAAUAGCCAAAUGUAAUGUAGUGGGCGAUACAUCCGUUGGCAAAACAUGUCUGGUGAAUCGCUUCGGUUACGAUGUUUUUGAUUCAAAAUCCAAGGCAACUAUUGGUGUCGAUUUUGAUGUACAGAAAUUUUCCAUACUUAGUCGACCCUUUACACUUCAGAUUUGGGAUACUGCUGGUGACGAACGGUUUCGGUCAAUCACACGAGCCUAUUACCGUGGUGCACAUGCCGCCCUUAUUGUUUUUGAUUUAACUACAAUUAAAUCGUUCCAAAAUGUUGGUCUCUGGCACGAAGAGAUAAUGGAGGCCAGCCAAUCGCCUGAACAUAUGGCCGGAUCGUUGACGUUGACGCGCCGGAAAUCGCAACGUGGUAGCAACGCAUACCAACACCAUAGCAGUAGUAGGCCUUUUCUGUUUCUAGUCGGCACUAAAAAAGAUCUUAUUACUGAUGAAACGGUUGCCUUUUAUCGGAGCGAAGGUGCAAAACUCGCCAACAAAAUUGGCGCCGAAUUCUGGAUGGUUUCCAGCCAUACAGGUGAAAACGUAAAUGAUUUGUUCAAACGCGUUGCCUGUCUUUGUUUCGAUAGAUAUCUAUUGCGUGAGCUGCGUAUUCAACAAGACAGAACAUCACAGUACGAACAACAACAACGAGCUUUGGCAGCAAUUAUCACUGAUAAUCCUGCUGACGAACAGAACGCUAAACACGAACAUGCAGCUAACAAUCGUUCCGUUCAUUAUUCACCAGAAAACGGAGGCAAAGUGGCUUUUUUCUAUAAUGACGACCAACGAAAACGUAAAACGGCGACAACGGUUGACCAGGCUUUUUGGCCGAUUCUCGUUGAAUGGUGGUGCCAAUGGUUUGGUCAACAAGGAAAAAUUCGCCGCCGGCUUGGCCGCGUUACUAGUGGCAAUAAAGUGGCCGAUCAAAGCACAACAACAACAAACAACAAUCACAACAAACGGAUUGACGACAAAAGUCAUAGAAAGUUUUCGUGUUUUCGUUUCACCUGCCUGUAUAAUGUUGACUAA